AUGGAACCAGAAUCUCCGAAGGACGCCAAAUUUGCUGAAGAGGCCAGGGAAUGGGCAGCCCUAUGGUUCAUUCACCCUCUUUUCAAAGGUGAUUACCCUCCAGCUAUGCGAGAAACCGCUGACAAAAAGUCAAAAGAUGAAGGAAGAACAACAAGUCGUCUACCGUAUUUUACUGAUUAUGAGAGACAAAUGCUCAUUGGCUCUGCCGACUUUCUAGGAAUCAACUACUACAUUACGCUUACCGUACGAGCAUUUAGACCAGAAGAGAGAGGAAAGCAUCUUGGGCUGAACUACGACUUCGAAGGGACCGGCUGGCUGAAUAGCAAGGACAUGCCGUAA